AUGAUAACUCCAGAAAAUUUCUCCAAGAGAGACGACGAUCAAGAAAUUGAAGUAAUUUCACUAAGGGCUGACGACCCAAGCAUCCUACCCUCAAACGAUAUGGUAGAUCAAGUUCCUGAGGCUUCUCACGACAAUAGAACCAAAGUCCAAUUGGCAUGGAACAACAUCAGCUACGUUAUAGAGAAGGAUGGUGAGGAAACCCAGAUUCUCAAAGGAAUCUCAGGAAAAGCCAACCCUGGAGAACUUUUAGUCCUAAUGGGAUCUUCAGGUGCUGGAAAAACUACACUCCUUAAUAUCUUGGCAGGCAGAGUAAAAAGCAACAAUAAUGCCAAAAUCAUUGGAAAAAUCACAGCCAACGGGACCAAUAUUAAAGACAUAGAUUUCGGGUAUUAUUCAGCCUAUGUAACUCAGGAAGAUAUUUUGCUACCUAAUCUUACCCCUAGAGAGUCUUUAACCUUUUCGUCAAGACUCAGAAUGCCUGGCACUUACCAAGAGCAUGUAGAUAGGGUUAACGGGAUCAUUCAAGACCUCAGAUUGAUGAAGUGUGCUGAUAAUGUCAUUGGAUGCAUCUCAUUAAAAUGGCGUGACGAACCAACCCUUAACUUAACUCCUGUAGCUGACUUCUGCAAAGUUGUUCAGGGAUCUUGAGGAGGAUGAGUAUCUGGUCAGUUUUUACUUGUUUUCCUGAAGCGAAAUGUAGCCGACUGCAUGCUUGUAUCCAAAUUAAGGUUUUUAUAUCAAGAGGGAAAUGGGUUCAUGAGUUCAAAGGAAUAUCCUAGCAGAGCUGUGGCUAUCCUAAACAAUCAUGGCUGCUUCUCAGCGUGAAACCAAGAAUUAUGCCCUAGGCUUCUGAUUUUAAUUUUAGCUAAGAGUCACCAGAAUUUUAACCAUUUGAAUAUCAAUGGCAAGUAAACUUGUUAGGCACAGCACGGCGAACGAAUCAAACUAUCGGGUAGUGAAUACAGGCCCUUUUCUGGCAGGAACAACCUUGGUGAUGUUGCGAAAUGCUAAUUGGCAAGCACGUAGGCAAGCGCUAGGGUUUAUAGUUGUCCUUCAAAAAUCAAAGUAGACUAAUUAAAAUUAAGUUAAAGAUUAAGUCAUUGGAAGCAUCACUAAAAAAGGACUUUCAGGAGGUGAAAGAAAAAGGGUUUGCAUUGGGAUGGAAUUGAUUACAGAUCCAAUUGUACUUUUGUUAGAUGAGCCGACAUCAGGACUUGAUAGCUUUACAGCUGAAGUAGUUGUUGAUUUAUUGAUAGAACAAGCUAGAAAAGGCAGAACUGUGAUGUCGACUAUCCAUCAGCCAAGCACCAGCAUUUUUGAUAAAUUUGAUAGGUUAGUUUUAUUAGCAGAAGGCCAUCUUGUUUAUCAAGGAAAAGCAAGAGAUUCGACCAAAUAUUUUGCGAAAAUCGGGUAUGAGUGUCCAAAACUUAUGAACCCAGCUGACUAUUACAUGAGGCUUCUUCAUGUAGUAGACAGAAAACAUCCAACAGAGGAAGAACAUGACAAAAUUGAAAAUUUGGUUUCUUCUUAUAGCUUAAGAACUAUUAAAAUGGCGUGAUUAGAUGUGCAAGUUAAUCUGGACGCAGAGGAGAGCAGCCAUAUGGCAAUAGUAAUCCGGGUGUUUUUUUGAUCUAGAGCUUCUUCGACCUUUGUUCCUCCUUGUAGAUAUUUCUACCUGUCAAUGUCUUCAGCACUCCAUGGAAGAUUACUGAGCCUGUGAUACGAUUCAGACUACCAGGUAUAGGAAGCUCACCAUACUUAGAGCCCUAUCAGAAGUUGUUAGAAGUUUAGGGAAUCCUUGCUGCUUGAUGGGGCUCAGAAGAUAGUUAGAGCAAUCUCCCAAGAGACCUCCUCGUUAACAUUUUUUGGUGACGCCGGGACUAAAAGAGCAGGUAUGAGGAUAGCACUUAGCGCCAACGCGAAGCUGUCCGGAGUUGAAUAAUCCUUGUAGAUCUGUUAGAACUUAAUCUUAAUCUUAUAACUCAAUAGAGAUGGAAGAUGAUACUUUCGACAGCACAAAACUUGAGCCUUUAAAAAACAAGCACUUACUCCAGACAUUGCUUUGAUUAUUUUUUUAACAAAUAAGUUCGAGAAAUUAUUUUUAAAAAUUUGAUUAAAUAAUUUUUUUUUUCAAUUAGGGGUUUAGAGAUCUCUGCUAACUUUGCUGAGCAGUUUAUAUUGCUCUUUAGGAGAGCCUGGAUUAAUGCAAGAAGAGACCCACUUUCCGGCCGUCUUUUAUUCAUUGAGUACAUUAUGGUUGCAGUCUUAGUUGACUUGAUCUGCAAUAACUUAGCCAAAAACUACGACUCUUCCACAACAAGAACUCAACUCCUCUUUCUUUCUAUGUCAACAGUAGCUUUUUUCUCCUGCCAAAACGCAGCCAUGCAAUUUCCAAGCGAAACUCCUUUAUUCCUCAAAGAAAGCAAGCAAAGGAUUUAUUCCACAAUUUCUUACUACCUCUCUAAAUCAAUUGCUGACCUUCCAAUGCAAUUUCUUCCACUUUUAGUUUACUGUCUAAUGAUAUACUGGGUAAUUCCUUUCAAUGAUUAUGAUGCAAGCAAGUUUUUUAUUUUUUAUUUUGUCCUUGUUCUAUUGCAAAUUUCUUCAAUUGGAAUGGGAUAUAUAGUAGGCUCUCUAGUAAAAACAGAAACUGUUGCCCUUGCAAUUGUUCCAGUCUUCCUUCAACCUUAAUUACUUAAAUUUAUUAGAGAAGCUCCCUAGGAUACCACUUGCCUCAGCAUAGCGCUCACCGCUUAAUUGCCAGCCUGGACACGCUUUCCACUUUAUUGCUCACCAGGGACGAGGGCUUGCACUCCUACCGAGAGUCAGAGACGCUGCUUCACCAUACUGUACGUCAAAGGGUCGGCUUUCCAGAAUAUUCGAAAAAGGAAUUUUCUGAUCGGAUUAUCGGCCAAAAUGAACCUGCAGCCUAAGACGCAGCGCCUGAUAUCGCGCUAGGGAUUUUGCCCGAUUGGCCAAGUGGCAUCAUCUGGCCUUGCUGGGCGUCUCCUUUCCGGCUCCAAGGAAAGAUUUCCCCCAGGGGUAAAACCUACAUGCGAAUGGCUAGCCCGACAUUGCCCUCCUCCAAGCCAGGCAAACCUACCAGCCACAAGUAUUAGAGGGCAGGCUGGCUCAGCACACUAUUUUAAUGUAUGUCUUUCUUCAACCAAUGAUGCUCUACUCUGGAUUAUUCCCAAGUGUUAAUCACUACCCACAAGGAUUUUCGUGGAUACAGUACAUAUCUUGUAUGAGAUGGGCAGUAGAGGCGCUUUGUGCAAAUGAAUACAACGACCUUGGGAUGGACUGCCAACACUGCACAGACUGUAGGAAAUGCGAUCCUUUGCGAGACUUAGACUUCACAAACAGCAUUGGAGUAUGUGUUUUAUAUCUCUGUAUUCUCUUAUUCGCUUACAGAGUGGUUGCAUAUUUACUCCUAUGGAGAAGAGCUGUUAAUUCACGUAAAUAA